AACAGACGUUGCUCGGAGGAGCGCGCAGGACUUUUGUGUGAAACUCAGCGCCUCUAAACGGAUUACUGAAGUGGGGAUGCUGCAAACCUUGCCUAAUAUAACAUGUUUAAACAAUGCUUUGGUGGUCGUGGUCUUCUUCAAGCUAGGCAAUGAAGAAGACCAUAAAACCGAGGUCUGCCAAAUCGGGGAGCAGCAAAAAGAAAGUCCCCAGUGAUGUGUCCCCCGCGACCAGCCUCCCCCCGCUGGUGGAGGGCCAUCUCAGGUGCUUCUUACGGGUGACCGUAUCCAGGCUCGUAUGGACCAUACACAAGCCUCCGCAGGCCACCUUCGUCCGGCUGCGCUGGUGGGGGGAGUCCUCCAAUGGGACCCAGUUCUGGCCCCGGGAUGGAUCGCAGGCUACACAGAAGACCGUCAAGACCACCACCCGGUUCCCCAUUCGCUGUGGUCCCAAGCAGUUCAUCUCGUAUCUCAGUGAUAUGGGCUCCUUGGUGCUGGAGGUUCUGACGAAGCUGGACCAUCUGCCCAUUGCCCGUGCUCAGGUGGCAGGUAUCUCCCGUCUCUCGCUGUCACAUUCCAUCAGCGGCUUUUAUACCCUGGUCUCCCCAACAUCUGAAAAACUGGGGGAAGUACAGGUGGCCCUCUCCCUGGAGCCCCUGACAGAGGCCUGCGACAGCAGCAGCUCCGUCCCCUCCAUGGGCACCAGCAGCGGAGCACCUCGCCCGGGCAAGCUGCCCCCACCACAACCCCCUCAGCCCCCUACCGCCUCCCUCGGGGGCGCAGACACACCAAGAGGGAAAGACCAUCUGUAUUUCCCAAGUGCCCAGCUAGACAAAGGAAAGGGGGAGUCGUUUGAGGGCCAGGUGCCAACGUUUGCUGGAGGGCCGCAAGCCCACAGCGACCAGCCCUCUACUGACCUCCUCUCAGUUAUCUUGGAGCGUGGGAGCAAGCUCAGGAACGCCAUGGUGAGGUCCGCCCUCCAGUGUGACCUGGAUGUGGACACCGCUCUGAAGGACACACCUCUGCCUCUCCCCAGGGACAACGUCCUGCCGGCCUCCAAGUUGUUGUCUCCUUCCUAUGGUGGGUUCCUCCAGAACCUCCUCCAGGUUGAGGCCAGCCUCCAGCGCCCACCAAGAGCCCACCCAGACGAGCUCAGCCCCAGCUGUUCGGCUGACAUCGAGAACCGGGCUGUGGAUCUGCUACUCGGCCGAUUAAACACAUCUCAACCUGUCUGGGAUGGCAUGGUCUCUCCCCCUGAGUCUCCUCUGUCCGGGCACAGCAGUGUGUGUCUGGACAGCGAGCUCAAUGACCCGCAGUAUGACCAGAGCUUACUGGAGAACCUUUUCUACAAGACCCCUAUGUCGGACAGCCAACCUGAAGUGAAGGAGACGAUGUCCCAAAGCCAAAGUCAGGAAAUGUCCUCCACAGGACAUAGAGAGAAUCAACUCAGGUCCCACCCCCCCGCAGACCCAGGGGAAGGGGACACCCAGGCUGGCGCGGCAGCAGACCAGCUGAAGGCACUGAGUCGGAUCCGUCUGGCCAGAGUCACUCUCCACUCGCUCGCCCUCCCUUCGAGCCUCCCUCCUCCCUCCCCCAGGAAGACCACUAGAAAGGGGAGACCCCCUAGGCCACUAGUGACAAAGAGAUGCUCGUACUGUGUGGAGUACACCUUCCCUGUGGCCCCUGUUUCCAGUCGCCAUACCUGCAGUAACGCUCUGGUAGGGGAGGUGACCCGGGCGGUCUCGGCUAAAGUCUCCGGUGGAGAGGUGACGUUUGAGCAGCGAACUGUGUUUCCCGUCUCCCUCGUCGGGGAAAACCUCAGACGGUACCGGGAAACGGAAGUCGUUUUUAACCUGUACUCUCGGAACAAAAGCCAGCAGAAGCCUGUGCCGGUGGGUAAGGCUGUUUAUCCACUGCGCUGCCUGUUGGAGCGCGAGCAGCUCAGCCAGUCCGUUGUGUUGCCCGUACAGAGAGCAGACGGGGCUGGAGAGUCCCAGGAGAUCGGCCCACUCAAGGUGUCCCUGGACCUCGCUGCAGACAACAAAGGUUUCAGCUUCGCCAAAAGAGGACCCACCACGACGCCCAGGUCUCCUUCACAUACUCAGGCCAGUCCCCGACGAGACCCCAGUCCACGACCAGACCCCAGUCCCCGACGAGACCCCAGCCCCAGAAGAGACCCCAGUCCCCGACGAUACCCCAGCCCCAGACCCCCAUCCCGAGCCCCCCUAGACCGGGGUCCGUCGCCGGCCGACCACGCAACAGAGACCUCAGUUAGGGCGGUCCAUUGGGCCUCGACGGGACCCUAUCACCGUCCAGGUCCACAGGAAUCCCCCCGUGGAAGAGAGCAGUACCACGGGGAGGACGACGGGGAGACCCUGCUGCACGCCCUUCUCAUGGUCCCCGAUGGGAAGGAGUUUGUCUGUGGGCCCCUGCAGUCUCCAAACUUCUACCUGAACUGUCGGCUGUUUGGGUCGGACCAGACCGCCCGCUCUACGCUCAGCUGGGGACAGCGGAGUCCUGAGUUCAACUUUGUUCAGGUGACCCCGGUGGCCCUGACCCCCAUGCUGCUGGAGAGGAUGAAGAACAACGUGAUGGUGGUGGAGGUGUGGCAGAGGACCGGCUCCACGGAGCAAGACCGGGUCCUGGGACUGGUCAAGCUCCCCCUGCACCAGUUCUACAUGUCCUUCAGAGACCCAAAGAUAUGCCGGCUGCUUCUCCAGGCGCAGUACCCUGUGCUGGGGGCGGACGGCUCCAUGCCCGUCAUCGACGUGUUCUCCGGGGGUACCAAGGGGAGCCUGAGGGUGAUGCUGGCCAUGGGCGGCUCGGAGCAGGUCCUGGCUCUCCAGCGCAUGAGGGACGAAGAGGCCGGCCCUGCCUCUCAUGUUCCCCGCCCUGUUCACCUACCGGAACACCAGCACCGCUCACAAGCCAGGGAGCAGGAGGCCAUGAUAGAGCAUCUGUUUGCUGUGCGGGUGGAGAAGGUCCAGGGUCUCAGCCCGCUGGAGUCCACCGUCUGGGGGGAGGCCGACUGCUACAUCCAGUACAGCUUCCCCUCCCAGGAGGGAGAGCCGGCCGCGCCUCUGGACCCCCAGCUCAUCGAGAGCAGUGUGGACCUGAAGCAGUUCCGGACCCCCACCUCGCUGUGCGUGCCGGACCCCCUGUUCGGCCACAGUGAGACCCACGUGCUGCUGUCCCCCGCGGGGACGCCGGUCCAGAGGCUGCUGCUCAGCGCCCUGUCCGGCCAGGGCCUGCCCGGCGGGGGGGGCGUCCAGUUUGAAGUGUGGUGCCGAUACUACUACCCCAACGUGCGUGAGCAGAGGGUGGCCCGGGGCCUGCUGCCCCUGUCCAAGCUGUGUGCCAUGGUGACCCUGCAGGGACAGCGGCCGGCUGAGGCCCAGCUCUUCUCCCUGCCUCUGGUCCGGAGGGGCCACGGCCCUGCGGACCCCCUGCCCCAGCCCUCAGGUCUGCUGGAUGUGUACGUCCAGUACAGACAGAGGCCUGUGAGGGCUGCAGGGCAUGUAGGAGCAGGGAUGGCCCGCGUGGUCACCCUGAACCUUCAGGUGCACAGAGCAUCCGGCCUAAAGGCAGCUGCAAGGGCGCUGGCGGAGCAGGACGAGAGGUUCCGGUACUUCGCCGACGUGGGGCCCAACUGCUACGUGACGGCCCAGCUCUCCUUCCUGCCCGACGGGGACGGCCGCAGCACGCGCGUGGUGGCCCGGUCCUUCUGCCCAGAGUUCGAGCACCACGCCGAGGUGCCCUGCGACCUGGACCUCCAGAGGAGCACCGGGGAGACGCGCAGCCUGGCCGAGGUGCUGGAGCAGGCCUCGGCCCGGUUCACCCUCUGGCACAGGGACAGCCCUAAAGGGCCGACCACACCUAAAUCUAAAGAUAGGCUUCUGGGAACGGUGAAAAUUCCGCUGAGUCAUCUCCUCCUCAAGAAAACAGGUAUAUCCGGUUGGUUUGGCGUUCAGCCUCCUCGCCCCUCCUCCCCCCCCGUUGGCCCCCAGGGCCCGGUGGGCGGGCUGGAGGUCUCCCUCGGCUUCGCCCAUCACUCGGACCGGGCACGGGUCCUGGCCGCCGCCCGGGCUCUGGGCUGGGACCUCGGGCCGCGGGGCGACGACGACGCCGGCGACGACGACGAAGACGAGGACGAGGACGAGGACGUGAGCACGGGAAGCCUGUCUCUGAGCGUCUCCACGCCCAGAGCGUGGCUCCCCGUCCACUGUCUGCUCCUGGCGGGAGAGGAGACCCUGCAGCGCUCCACCUACUGCUACCUGCGGUACCAGCUGUACGACCGGGAGGCCUUCUGCUCCCCGCUGAGACACCCCGCCCUGGAGGAGGGGGGGCAGCGGCGAGGCCUAGCUACCCUGAGCUUUCAGGGCGGCGGGGCGGUGAGGCUCGGGCGCUGCCGGCCCCUGCUCUGGUACCUCCGCGAGGAGAGGCUGGAGCUCCAGCUGUGGGUGGCCUUCGGGAAGCACAAGGCCCGGAGGCCCCACGACACGGACCGGCUGGUGGGGUCCGCCUUCGUGGAUCUGUCCCCUCUCGCCGCGGGCCCCUGGCACAACCAGAACCUCAGUGGGGUCUACCCGCUCUUCAGGCACUCCGCCUCCGAUCUGAGCGGGGCUGCGCUCAGGGUGCACAUCGCCAUGACGACAGGCUCUCUCCCCGGGGAGGCCCCCGCCCUCGUCGUCAUCGACGACGAAGCCGACGUCGACAGCCAGGAAGAGCUCCUUCAGGAACUGGAAGAAGAGGAAGUGGAGGCGGACCCAGGGCCAUCCUCCACUAGCCAAUCACACGCUCCGUCCAGCGAGGGGACCAAUCCCUGUGCAGGCGAUGAACUGGCGGCCUCGCAGCAGACGGGGGUGGACGCCACAGAGGACUCGUUCCCCGUCACCGUCACCGUGGACCGCGCCAUGCACCUCAGUCUGAAAGGCUGUCCCAAGGCAGAGCCCCGGGGGUCCCUGCCCUCCUGCAGUGUGUCCUACCUCACCGCCGACGGCCCCCUGCCCGUCUCCACGCCCCUCAUCGCCGACAGCAGCUGCCCUGUGUGGGAGCACCACCACGAGUGCAGGCUAUCGAAGCAGCUGCUGGUGGACCCAUUGCAGUCCCUGGUCUUCAAAGUCUGGCACAAAGGAGACAUGGAGAGGGUGCUCGGGUUCGCCUCGGUCGACCUGUCCCCCCUGCUGUCGGGCUUCCAGGCGGUGUGCGGCUGGUACAACAUCACCGACUUCAGCGGCCAGUGCCAGGGUCAGCUCAAGGUGUCCGUCUCGCCGCUGAAGGGCGUGCAGGGGCUCCGGGGCCAGCGGCAGCCGCUGGUGGACCAGGCCUCCAACCACCCCUCGGCCUUGUUCCAGGGCCUUCCUCUGGGCUACCAGACCUCUGCCACAUACAGCAGCUUCCCUGCUCACCUCAGCCGCUUCCCGGAGCAGAAAAUCUCCUCCCCGGAGCGGACAGAACAGUUCUUCUCCCAGAGGCCCGGGGAGGUGGACCGCCACGGGGAGCACAUGGACAACGUCCGGCUCUUCCACCAGAGCCUGCAGGAGCAGGUGGCCGGCGACGCCCAUCCCUCCAGCUCCAUCCUCUUCUCAGCCCUGCGGAAGAACCUGAGCGAGCUGGACGACAUGCAGAAGUACUUCAGCCACAAGCUGUCGACCCCCGGCUUCCCACCCGCCUGUGAGCACGCCCGGCCCCCCUCCCGGCCCCCCUCCCAGCCUCAAGAGGAGGGGCACCCAGAGACCAGCAGCCAUCAGCUGCUUCUCAAGUCCAGCCAGCUAGUGGGAGAGGUCAACCAUAUCCUCUCUGGUUUGCAGGGACCGCGGCCGGAAACGAUGACCUCUGAGCCCCAGGGCCGUGCCUCGUCACCUCCGGCCCCAGGGGACUGCUCCCUGGUGGGCCCCUCGGGAACCUCCCCAGAGAGAGCCCCCCAUGCACCCCUCCAGAGAGCUGCAGAACCACCCCAGCCCGACGACGACUCUCCCCAGGAGGAGGAGCUUCACGGGCACGCCACAGUCCUGUCUGAGGAGGAAGACGACGAGGACUAUGGAGCAGGUGGCCGAAAGGAGGAAGAAGCAGGUGGCGGCCGUGAAGAAGAAGAUGAGGAUGAUAACAGCGAGGGGGACUACGACGAGAUGGUGGUGGAGCCCAGACCUCUGAACGAGGUGACCUCUUUGACGGACAGGACCAGCCCCUGGACCAGCGUCUUCUCCGGCUGUGACCUCAGUUCAACGGAGAGCCUGGAGGAUCCAGAGGAGGGCGGUGACCGCGGCUUCCCAGACCCGGCCCACGCUGGGGUGGUCAGGAGACUGUGGGGACCCGGGGCAGAAGGGCCGAACCUCCCGGGAACACGUGGGGACACUAGUGGGACCGUACUGGAGGAAGGGCACCACUGUGAGUGUGACCACUCUACCGGACCGCAGAGUGACGCCUCGAACUCUGAGGGGGAGGAGGUGGAGAGGACGCUGCAGGCGUCAGGUGAGGAAGAGGAGGUAGAGCCGGCGGUGAUGAACCAGGCUGGUCAGGGGUCAGUGGACGAGCCUGACAAUGAACCUUUGACCCCUCAACACACAGAAGAGCAGCCAUCACCAGCUGUAAGCUCUGCCGGUCGAGGUGAGAUCCCGAACUUCUUCCUCUCGUCCAAUCACCUGGAGGCCUCCAUGAGGGCCCUCCGGCUGGCCCCGGCCUUCUCCAGGCCCCCGUCUAACCCGGGUCCUGGCUCCGCAGCCCGAGGUCUGAGGCCCCCCAGACGAGCCCCCCGACCCAGGCCAACCCUCCCAGCCGGUUCCAUGACGGCACCAGAGGCCGCAAGGAUAGCUCGCAUAUUCGCUGCUCAUUUUAGUGAAGACCAGUAGCCUAUUUGCUCUUUCGGGAGAAGUUUACAGACGUGUAUAUAUAUAUAAUUAUAUAUAUAUGAAAUCAUGUACAUUGUAUGUAAUAUUUGAACUUUUAUAAAUAAAUCUGUUAAUGUGGACAAUGGAA